AUGGGUUUUUUUAACGCUACACAACAGACUGAAUUAAAUUUAUGCUUUGGAGGAUCUCCAUCUGUUUAUAUCGCAAAUUGGAAGAAUACGUCAACAAUGUACGCAAUUAAAAAAUCAGUCAAUAACAAAGAGGUGUGGCUAUUAAAAGAUGAAAAAAAAUAUUUGCUUAUUCUCGAAUAUGCGGAUGGUGGGACAUUAGGAAAAUAUCUAAGGAACAAUACUAUUGAAUGGAAGAACCAAUUAAGGUUUGCAAAAGAAAUCGCAAGUGCAAUUUGUUGGUUACAUGAUACAAAGAAAAUCGUACACGGAGAUUUUCACCCUAAUAAUAUUUUAGUUCACAAAGAUGCGGUAAAGCUAGCAGAUUUUGGUCGUUCAUCAUGUCUAAAAGGGUCAGGUUAUUAUAAUAUUCAAGUAUGGGGAGUAGUACCUUAUGUGGAUCCUAAAAUGCUCAAUCAAAAAAUUCUGCAUAAGAUAAACGAGAAAUCAGAUAUAUAUAGUUUAGGAGUUAUAUUCUGGGAGCUAACUAGCCGCUCAUCACCAUUUGAUGGCCUUGAAGGUGAUCAUAUUACAUAUAAAAUACUUAGUGGUGUAAGAGAAGAACCUGUUCUGAACACGAAUGUUAAAUUUAUUAGACUUUAUCAAAAAUGCUGGGAACAAGAGCUGGAUGAACGACCAAAUAUUUUCGAAAUAAAUGAAACACUUAGUAUAAUUGAUUUUAAAAACGAUAAUGUGCCUACUGUUCCUUAUUCCAAAGGAAGAAAGUAA